GUUUCCAUCACUUCGCCACCAUGUCUCUCAAAUGCGCGCCGACAUGUCUGGCGGUUGGUUCCGAAUUGACCAUUCAGCGUGGCAGUGCCGCACAUUCUGCCUCGAAAUGCGUCCAAAUCGUCGGCAUUGACCUCCCCCAAUGGAAGGGCUCCACGUUGCACCUCAAGCCACACCGCCAUUCCGCAGCGACAGCAGCACGCGCUGUAAAAGUGGUCGCGAUGGCGGGAAAGAAGGGGAAGAAGGGCGGGGGAAGCGGCGGAAAAGCCGGCGGAGGCGGAGGUGGAGGUGGCGGGGGUGCCGGCGGAGGCGGAGGCGGGGGGAAGCUGAAGUCUGCGGGCAGCAAGGCGCCGGCUGCGGACCGCGGAGCGGCGUACCAGAAUGAGACGCGGAAGAUCAUCCUCAGCGUGAAUCGCCUCCGCAAGGUCGCUCCCAACGGCAAGGAGAUUCUGAAGAACAUCAGCCUGGGGAUGUACCUGGGCGCCAAGAUCGGGUUCCUAGGAGCCAACGGCGCGGGGAAAAGUUCCCUCAUGCGCAUUCUGGCAGGAAAAGACGCGGCUUUUGAGGGGGACUACUACAUUGAUCCGAGCAUCAAGAUUGGAUAUUUGGAGCAGGAGCCAUCGCUGGAUGACGGGCCUACGGUUAUGGAUAAUAUCGAGCCUGCUCUUAAGGAGACCAAGGACCUGCUGCAGGAGUUUGAGGAGGUGAGUGUCGCGAUGGCGAGUGCGGGCGAUGCUGACAUGGACAAGCUCAUGACUCAGAUGGAGCGCCUGCAGACCCGCCUGGACGCCUGCAACGGCUGGGAGCUCGACAGGCAGCUGCAGCGUGCCAUGGACGCUCUGCGCUGCCCCGCGGGGGAAGCCCCCGUGGACAAGCUCAGUGGGGGGGAGAGGAGGCGCGUGGCGCUGUGCCGGCUGCUGCUGCAGGCCCCUGACAUCCUGUUUCUGGACGAGCCCACCAACCAUUUGGACGCAGAGGCAGUGGCGUGGCUGGAGCGCUACCUGGCUGAGUUCAAGGGCACUGUGGUGGCCAUUACCCACGACCGCUACUUCCUCGAUAAUGUGGCUGGGUGGAUUCUCGAGCUCGACAGGGGGCAGGGGAUCCCGUUCGAAGGCAACUACUCGGCGUGGCUGGAGAACAAGGCGGAGCGCAUGGCUGGGGAGGAACGGCAGCAGUCGGCGCUGCAGCGAGUGAUGGAGAGGGAGAUGGAGUGGAUCCGACAGAAGGCCAAGGGGCAGCAGAAGAAGGGCAAGGCGCGCAUGCGUGCAUAUGAGGAGCUGGUCAUUCAGGCCGGCCAGUAUUCCAGGGAGGAGAAGCUCGAGAGCAUGUUCCUGCCGCCCGGGCCCCGUCUGGGCGAUGUGGUGGUGGAGGCAGAGGCGGUGGCCAAGGCGUUUGGGGAGAGGGUGCUGAUGGAUGGGGUGAACUUCAUGCUGCCACCUGGCGGCAUUGUGGGCGUGAUUGGGGGGAAUGGUGCCGGAAAGACCACCCUCUUCCGCAUGAUUACGGGCCAAGACUCGCCUGACGGCGGCAGUCUGCGUGUCGGGGACACUGUUGCGCCGCUCUAUGUCGACCAAUCACGCGACUCGCUCGAUCCCAACAAGACGGUGUUUGAGGAGAUCACGGGCGGCGCAGACGAGAUCUUGCUGGGUGACCGCAAGGUGAACAGCCGGGCCUAUUGCGCGUGGUACAACUUCAAGGGAGCGGACCAGCAGAAGAAGGUGGGCGUGCUGUCAGGCGGGGAGCGGAACCGCGUGCACCUGGCGCGGAUCAUGCGGCGCGGGGGCAACCUGCUGAUGCUGGAUGAGCCGACCAAUGACCUGGAUGUGGACACGCUGAGGGCGCUGGAGGAUGCGAUUCAGGGCUUUGCGGGCUGCGUGAUCGUCAUCUCCCACGACCGCUGGUUCCUGGACCGCAUUGCCACGCACAUCAUGGCGUUUGAAGGCGACUCCAAGGUGGUUUGGUUUGAAGGGUCAUACAGCGACUAUGAGGAGGACAGGAGGCGGAGGCUUGGAAACAAGGAGCCGACACGGCUCAAGUACAGGGCACUUGCUUGAGGGUGAAAUACUAGUACCAGUCUUGAGGAACCCAAAUCUGACCCGUGGGCCGUGCCGUGACUCGUGAGCAGGGCUGAUUUUAUCAGACUAUUUACUCUGAUUAGUCUGAAAUCUCAGACCUGUUUUUUGGCCAAACCUGAAUUUCCAGAUAAGGCAUUUUCCCAAUCCUGAUCCCUUCAGAUUUCGAUUCCCCCUCUCCUCAGUUUCGAUUUCCGUGGCAGUGCGACUUUACCCCCUCGGUUUUUAGGAAUGACUUCCCCGUUUCCCACAUUUAACAACUACGCAAAACGAGGGUAUGACAAGGUUGCUGGUUGGGGGGGGCGCGGGCUGUGGGAGGAUUUUUAAUGCUGCAAGGGACUUAGCCGAUUUUUUGGGAG